CUCGUUCCCCUCAGUUGAGAAUAAAAGUUCAAAGAGUACAUAUUUGCGAAACGCAAAGCGAAUAACAAAUUCCAAAUUUGAUACACAAUUUUUGUACUGCGCUAAAUAGAAAUUAUUUGCUGGUCUUAAGCAUUGUGAAGCAGAGUUUUAAGCAAGUAAAAAUGGCCAUUGUACCACUAUUAGUUAACUUGGCUCGUGAAUUGGAUAGCGAUUACAGAGAUAUCGAACAACACCUUUGGGAUGAUGAUUUUGGCUUUGGUUUACAUCCACUGGACAUUAUCCGACCCGUGCGUCAUGGUCAUUCGAUAAUGUUGCAUCCACGUCGGCGACAUAUUCCAUAUGAUCGUUCGCAAGUGUUGACUCGACGUGCUGGGCGACUGGGUAAGGAGGCAGGAGAAUGUUCAUCACUAAUACCAACUGUCGGCAAAGAUGGUUUCCAGGUCUGCGUGGAUGUGUCACAGUUCAAGCCAAACGAAUUGACUGUUAAAACUGUAGACAAGACAGUUGUGGUAGAGGGCAAACAUGAGGAACGUGAAGAUGAGCAUGGUAUGAUACAACGCCAUUUUAUACGCAAAUAUACACUGCCAAAAGAUUACGACCCGAAAGAUGUUGUAUCUACAAUUUCAUCGGACGGUGUAUUGACCGUGAAGGCACCACCACCACCAAGUAAGGCGAUUAAAGCAAACGAACGCAUCGUUCAGAUUCAGCAAACCGGUCCGGCACAUUUGAGUGUCAAAGCGCCGGAAGAACCAGCCAACGACGGCAAAGCGAAGGAGAAUGGCGAUAAGAAGUCUGGAGGAAAAUAAGUGAAUUCGUUCCAAAUAGAAUUAGCACUUUAUAAUAAUCGCUUUAUGCUAUUGCCGUUCAUUUAGAUUUCAAACACUGAGAAAUUUCCACUACUUAAGCAUUUAUAUUAGUAUUUUUUUACUUGUAACAAACCCGAAAUCGAUUUAUAAUAAUUUUCAUGUUUUUGAACAUUACAAGUAUUCGGUAACUACUGUGUAGUAAAUACCAUAUAUGUAUGUACAUAGUUGCGUAUAUGGUGGAUUCACUCAUACAAAGUGUAAUAGAAAUUGGUUUAAAAAUGAAAUAAAGUUCUUUAUAUAU